AUGGCCUCCAGGUUGGUGUUGGUCAUUGGUGACUUGUUCAUCCCAGAUCGUGCGCCGGAAUUCCCGGCAAAGUUCCGCAAACUCCUUACUCCUGGAAAGAUCGGCCAGGUGGUAUGCCUAGGAAAUCUCACAGAUAAAGAGACGUACGACUUUCUCCGUCAAGUCGCUCCCGACCUGCACAUCGUCAAAGGCGAUUUCGACACCGAAACGUCCAGCCUCGCGCUUUCCAAGGUCGUCCAACAUGGAGGUCUUCGAAUUGGAUUUACUCAUGGGCAUACCAUCAUCCCGCAGGGUGACGCCGAUGCGUUAUUGAUUGCAGCACGCCAAAUGGACGUCGAUGUUCUACUAUGGGGCGGCACACACAAAUUUGAAGCAUAUGAGCUGGAGGGAAAGUUCUUUGUCAAUCCAGGUAGCGCUACGGGUGCGUUCAGCACCACCUGGCCAGCUAUUGAUGAGGAACCGACGCCUAGCUUCUGCUUGUUGGAUAUCCAGGGAGACGUUCUGGUACUAUACGUCUAUCAGUUGAAGACGGAUGCAAACGGAAAUGAAAAUGUUGCGGUGGAGAAAGUGUCCUUCAGAAAGCCGGCACCAACAGAGGCGUAA